CGCUCACCAAACCUCUAACUCCCUCAAUCCUUUGACGCUGUAUUCCAACCGGUUUUUAUUACCACCGCCCACAUAUCCCUUCGCCGUACCUUCAAGUUCAUACCUCCUAGUCUCCAUACCUAUUAGCAUCGUGAUUUGUACCCCUAUACCACCACCCUGGGAUCGUCCUGCGUCCUCCAGCACUCAAGGGCCGUCUUUUGCACUCAGGCGUGGCCGAAGUGUUUUAAACGCGUAAGACAUGAAGUUCGUGGCUCGGUCAGGGAGGUCCGACAAGCAUUCUCUCCGUUUUCACCUAUCCAUGCUCUGCAAGAAGAGGUCACCUCGCCGAAGGCCUUGUCACAAGAAGCUCGCUCCUCGGCUGUUGCUCUCGCUCUCGCUCUUCACCAACGGUACAAGUACAACGGUCAUUCCCACGAACACAACGGCCAACGUCACAGCCGAGUUCGCGAGCAACCUGACUCCGAUUCGGUUGAUAGUUGCCAAUGACUGCGCCGAGUCCAUAUGGCCAGGCAUUCUAACUCAAAAUGGUGCCGGACCUGGAACAGGCGGUUUUGAGCUGACGCCGGGCGCCAGUAGACUGAUGUUCGUCAGCUCAAACUGGGCAGGACGGGUAUGGGGGAGGACCAACUGUUCGUUCAGUAGUGAUGGCAGCGAGUUCGGUACGUCCAACGGCCUGGACGGCAACGCGACCGCGUGUCUCACCGGCGACUGUGUCGGCAAGCUAAACUGCACAUUAGCCGGCCGCGCCCCAGCCACCGUUGCCGAGUUCACGCUCCAAGGGGGCAGCACCGAUAACCAGACGUUCUACGACAUCUCCCUCGUAGACGGCUACAACCUGCCCAUGGCCAUUAUCUACUACCCAUCGCCAAACACCACCUGGAUCCCGCCGAACCUCACAAACUGCGCCUGCAUCGCCUCAGCAGGCUACCUCUCCUCUUCCCCCUAUUCCUCGCCUACCGCCCCGCUCGACUCCGCUUCCUACCUCAACACCAACUCCACCUACCCAAUGCCCUUCGAACCAAUUCAAACCAACAACACCGUCCAAGCCUGGUGCCCCGUGGCACUCCAAGUACCCGCCACAAACCCAGUCGCAGCAGGAGACAACGCCACCAUAAUCUCCAACCCGGACAACGGCAAUCCCUUGACGCCUCACCGCGCGCCCUUCCAACCCUGCCUAUCCCCGUGCGCCGUAACGAAGAACCCAGCCGACUGCUGCACGGGCCCGUACAACUCACCCGACGUCUGCAAACCGGGCCUGUACAGUCGCAGCGCGAAGCGCGUCUGCCCGGACGCGUACAGCUUCGCGUACGACGACCGCACCAGCACGUUUGUGGUGCCGUAUGAGACGGCGGGCGCCGGGUGGGAGGUGCGGUUCUGUCCCCGCGGGAGGAGCACGGAUAUCCUCCGGACGUUUGGCGAGGAGGUGCAGGCUGUUGGCGCCGGGACGGGAUUGAGCCUGGAGGGGUGGGCGAGGGUCAGGAGUUGGGCGUACAUUGAACAGAGGGAAACCGGGUGGACUGGGGCUGGCAUGGUUGUUAGAGGGAGCGCUUGGACAGCGGUGGUGGGACUGGUGGUGGUGAUGGUU